AUGCCCAACGCUACAGCUGUAACGAUGAUUACCGAGGGAUUUUCUCCUCGUAUCGACGUUCUUCUUGAGUCCGAUCACGCGAUUCUGCUUCUACCGAGCUGCGAGCACCUGGUUCUUUUCUUCCAUCACCUGAACUCUCCGCCCAUCGUUGCUGCCGCCUUCUAUCUAGGAUUCAUGCUACACUUCCCAUCGAGCUUGCAAGCGAAUGGUCAGGCUAGACCGCAAAGUUUGAACGCGACCCAACAGAAGUCAUCGUCGGAUCCUCUUUUUCUGAAGAUUGAGGAGGAACUCCACGAUGCACGUCGGGUUAGGACACAUGGGCAGGAGGACGACCUCAAACUAGCGCUAGACAUGGUGAUCAAUCGGGUGGCAGAGAUGAGUACGCUUCUCAGCGAUGCGUACAAGUCUCAAGCUGAGCUUGAAGUGCAGCUGAACGUUGCUAAAUCCAACCUUCAGUUAGUUAUCUCAAACAACGAGAUGCUAGAGGAUGCUUUGAAACGCGAGAGCUCAACCCAAUCACGCGACGUGGGUUGGCGUCGGACCAGUGGCAGGGACGACAAUCGUUCAACUCUAGAGCGGUCGCAGUCGAUGGACUAUGCCUACUCGGUGGAGACUCCGUCGCCGCCAGUCUCAGCCAACACAGACAAUCGCUUUUUCAAGUUCCGUUUCAGUAGCUCUACAGCUCCCCCAUCCCGUCCGAGCAGUUCAGCCCGACCGGGAACGUCAUCAAGUGCCCUGUCAUCACCGUCGAUGCCUUCCCUCCCGUCACAUGUCAAGGAGCUGGAGGAAUUGACUGCAGAAUUAGCCAAAGAACGUGCUGCAAAGAAGACCAUAAUCGAUGAAAAGGCAGCACUCGAGGCUGAGCUGGAAUCGCUUUCUCAAGCGUUGUUUGAGGAGGCGAACAAAAUGGUUGCGACGGAACGUAUGAAGCGGGCGGAGACGGAAGAAGAGCUCAAAGAGGUCCGGCAAGAGAAGGAGGCGUUACGCAGUGCCCUUCGUCUUAUUGAAGGGGAAAACUUCACUCUUCGGUCCACCGACAAUGUUGGCUCCCCCAAGCUUGAAGACCUCGUUGCUCGUCCACGAUCACAUACUCGCUCAUCAUCCGAGAUCGGGGUUAAAUCGAGGCCAGAGUCCCUUGACCUAGAGCAUUCAUCCCUGCCGCCUUUACCCCCGUCACCAUCGCCAUAUCCUGAACCUAUGUCGGCCACCGUCCCCCUCUCAUCAUCCCCUUCCUCGCUUGACGAGGAAGAUUCGCAACCUACACCCCGAUACCAGCCUUAUCAGCCUUUGGAACCAUCCCCUUGGGCUGAUGUUCCAUCCCAGUCGUCAUCAAUGUCGUCAUAUGCAUGCUCUCGUAUUGGCUCCGCACAGAUUCCGAAUUGGUCGCUUAAUCGCGUGAACCUGACUGUCCUUGGCCUUUCGAUUCCUGCCCCAUCUUUGGGUUCAACACUUGGCGCCAAGUUAAAGAAUCCGAAGGGAAUGAGGGACAGGGAGGACGCCUGUUCUUACCCUCUCGUUGAAGAUAUGAGUUACCUAACAUUGGACGGUGCGAUGGUGAACUCUAAAUAUGGUGUUUCUGGCAUCAUCGGGACAACAUCCACUUGA